AUGAUUGGCGGUCAGCUGUCAGCACAGAGGAGGGUGAUGAGGAACCUUCCUGAUGACAAAGGCCUGCAGAAGACCAGCACCUACAUCGUGCCAUGCUUCCUCUUUGUGGAGCUGGUCAUCAUGGCAGGGACCGUUCUGUUGGCGUACUACUUUGAGUACACGGACACGUUCCCCGUGCACAUCCAGGGCUUCUUCUGCUUCGACAAAGCCUACUCCAAGCCGUACCCAGGACCAGAGGACGACAGCAAGGCGCCGCCCGUCCUCGUCUACUCCCUCGUCACCGCCAUCCCCACUGUGACGAUUCUGAUCGGGGAAGUGACCAGUUUCUUUGCAAAGACCGAGGGAGCUCAGGAGAAGACCAUAGUGACCGCUGACUGUUGUUAUUUCAACCCCCUCCUCCGUAGGAUCGUACGCUUUCUGGGUGUCUACUCCUUCGGCCUCUUCACCACCACCAUCUUUGCCAAUGCGGGUCAAGUGGUGACAGGAAACCAGACGCCUCAUUUCCUGUCCGCCUGCAAGCCAAACUACACAGCUCUGGGCUGCACGUCUCCGCUGCAGUACAUCACAGAGCGCCGCGCCUGCACAGGAAACCCGUACCUGGUGGUGUCCGCCCGCAAAUCCUUCCCCUCCAAAGAUGCGGCGCUCAGCUUUUAUUCAGCCAUCUACACAGUGAUGUAUGUGACCCUUGUGUUCCGGACUAAAGGGACCCGUCUGACCAAGCCCACCCUGUGCCUUGUGCUGCUGUCUCUGGCUGUGCUGGUGGGCGUGAUGAGGGUGACCGAACACAGAAACCACUGGAACGACGUUCUGGCUGGGUUCGUCACCGGAGGAGCCAUCGCUGCCUUCCUGGUGUCGUGUGUGAUCAACAAUUUCCAGCCGACCCAGAUUGCAAUGCCGACUCCUCCGCCUCCACAGCGUCCAGAGCCCCCGAUGGGCCUGCCUCUUCUCAGCCUGCCCCGUGUGGAGAGUCCACUCGAAAAGCUUCAGGGCUACCGUAUUCUGAGAUCACAUGACCAUCAGCCAAUCCCGUCCCCCGCCCCACCCGAUGUGCUCCUCCCCUCGCGGCGUUGCCUCACCAGCGCAGUCUAG